AUGGUCGAUACACAGCACUUCUGUCUGCGGUGGAACAAUUACCAGAGCAGCAUCACCAGCGCCUUCGAGAACCUUCGGGAUGACGAAGACUUCGUGGACGUCACCCUGGCCUGUGACGGGAAGAGUCUCAAAGCACACAGGGUCGUCCUGUCGGCCUGCAGCCCUUACUUUAGAGAACUAUUAAAGUCGACACCAUGCAAGCACCCAGUGAUCGUGCUGCAAGACGUGGCCUUCACGGACCUGCACGCGCUCGUGGAGUUCAUCUACCACGGCGAGGUGAACGUGCACCAACGGAGCCUGUCCUCCUUCCUCAAGACAGCCGAGGUGCUUCGGGUCUCCGGACUCACACAGAAUGAUGACGCACAGGGGCCGCUAGUACAGAGCAUCGCUCGCGCAGCCGCCGCGGCAGCCUCUUCCCCGCACACGCCCCCUCACCCCGCACACACCCCUCAGAACCCUCACACCCCCAGCUACUCCGAGAAGCUGGAGGAAGCUCUACUACACCCGACGAUGCGUCGUAUCUCCCUCCCCCCGCGCCGCAUCUCCCGCUCCGCCGACAACUCUCCUGACGUCAUCAAGCGCGCCCGCCACGACAACAACAACGACCAGGCCCAGGUCCACGACUUCUCGACCAAGAACCACUCGAUGAACAACACGCGCGCACACAACGAACAAGGAAACGGGAACGGCAUCUCCAACUCGAGCUCGUCGCCCUCCCCGCGCCUGAUGGACGAAGUCAAGAACGAACCGCUGGACAUGAUCUGCCCCUCCAACCCCGACAUAGACAGGAGCACGGACGACACGCCGCCGCACCAUCACAGACCACUUGGUGGAGGGCCUCCCUCCCGCGCCAGCUCCGCGGAGGCCGAUGACCGCACUCCUCCGCCCCAGCUGCCUCCGUCAUCGUUCAUCUCCCCGGCAGACACCAAGCUGUUCCCGGCUCACAACUACAACUACAGCAUGGCGCUCACGGACCCCUCCGCGCUGGCCGGUCUGCCGAGCCCGCUGGCCCCCGACGGCAUGGCGAGCACGUCUCAAGGUGGCGCCCGCACCCCCCAGGAAGAGUACCGAUGCGAGCCCUGUAACAAGAGCUUGUCCUCCCUGACGCGGCUCAAAACGACAUAUCCAAAACGUUCACAUGCGCCCCUCGAGGGAGCCCCGUGCGCCGUCGCCGCUCGUCCUCGGGCCCCGGGUCCGAGGCGCGAGACGGAACGCUUACACGAGCUCGCCCUUCUGGAACCAAUUGGAACAUCUAUGAUCGUGGGCCCUCUGGGCGCGGGCCACCGAUGCGAGGUGUGCGGCAAGUUGCUGUCCACGCGGCUCACUCUCAAGCGGCACACGGAACAGCAGCACCUGCAGCCGCUGCAUUCGGCGCGCUGCAGCCUCUGCCACAAGGUGUUCCGCACGCUCAACUCGCUCAACAACCACAAGAGCAUCUACCACCGGCGCCAGCGCGGGCUGCCCCAGCACGCGUCCCAGGCCGCGCCCCCUCCUCACGCGGCGCUGGCCCCCCUCGCGCCGCACGCCCCGCACGCCCCGCUGGCCCCGCAGGCUCAGCCGCAGAACCUCUCCACCGGCGUAGACGCCAAGCUGACUCCGCCGCCGCACACCAUCGACUUCUACAAGUUCAAGGACCAGUUCAACGUCUAA